AUGGGCAAUCAGACAGCUAGGAAAACAGUUGGAUCGGAUGCCAAAGAAAUCUUUCAAACAAUGCUCAUGAGCGAUCUGCAUUUGGAAUUCAGCCAACAGAAGCCACCCCAAUUUUCAGUUGUAGCGCCAAAUCUGAUACUCGCUGGAGACAUUGGAAGACCCGAUGUGCCUUCUCUACAAAAAUUUUUACUCGCUCAAUGCCAAAGAUUUGAACAUAUCUUUUAUGUGGCGGGAAAUCAUUGUUUCUACGAAGGAGAUUAUGAAACUCGUCUUCAACGACUUCGAGAGCUUGACAAUCUCAAUCCCCGUAUCCAUUUCCUACAAAACAAAAGCUAUCUUCUUCCUCAUAAGGUCCGUAUACUCGGUGCAACACUCUGGUCUCAUGUCCCUCAACAAACAACUUCGAUAGUUGGUUUACUGCUUAACGAUUAUCGUUACAUUUCGACUGUGGACGAGAAUAACGCAGAAGAUAGUAAAAUCAAAACACAUCGAAAAAUCACAGUGAAUGACACGAAUAAAUGGCAUGCGCAACAACAUGCGUGGCUUGUGCAAGAGAUCCAAAAAGCGCGUGAUAAUCGAGAACAUGUCGUCGUUAUCACUCAUCAUGCGCCUAUUCGUCAUGGGAAUUAUUCUGAAGAUGACGCUGAUCUCGGUGUUAGCGACGCUUUUGUUAAUGAUCAUGAUGCAGAUUGUGUAGAUCCUGUUCGAUUGUGGAUGUACGGACAUACGCAUCGAUCAACUGAUUUGACUGUUAACUCUACAAGAUUAGUGAGCAAUCAAUAUGGCUAUGCUCACGAAGAUUGUGGAUUUCGACCCAAUAUAAGAAUCACAUUGUACGAUGAUGGCACCGUUACUGUCACAGAACCUGAGUCCUCCUCGGAUCCUUGA